GGCCCGCCAUCUUGCGCCGGUGGAGAAGCAGGAGAGCGAAGUGAAGGCGCGGUUGGACUCUCGUUCCAGCACUUCUUCACACCAGUGUAACAGCACUGUAACAGUACUAGAUCGUCAUUAUAGCCCGAGUGUUCGCGCUUAAAAAGCUUCGCUCUGUUUCUUUAUUCAGUGAAGAGAUGAUCUGACUGAGCGGCUCGAAUUCCCUGAAAACGCCCGGUCCUUUACCUUUUAUUUUUGCCGCGUCCUGACGUGACUUAACUUAAAGUUUAAGUUAACGUCACUUAAUGACUUCGAGGAAGAACUUCAUCAGUCAGCGUCUCUUCGCUCGUGUGUUCCGUAAGGCAGGCUGAGUGGGCGCCUUUCUCCUCGACUCUGUCGCUGCUCCUCGCCCUCGCACCCGGACCGCUCUCUCGGGUUUACCCUGGAGGUCGAAGACGGAGAUGCCCUCGAGCUGCGCCGCCAUCAACUGCUCUCUGGAGAGGAGCGCGGACACCUUGAAGCAGGGCGUAACCUUCCACAGGUUCCCCAAGGAGCCCGCGAGGCGCCUGCGUUGGUGUGCGGCCCUGCGCAGACAGAGCAGGGACCGGCAGCUGUGGGCCCCCACCAAGAACAGCGUGCUGUGCAGCCGCCACUUUGCCCCCGACAUGUUUGACCGCACGGGGCAGACGGUGCGGCUGCGUGACGACGCGGUGCCCACCGUCUUCGACUUCCGCAAGUGGAAGAGAGGAGGCAAGAUGGAGGUGCAGUGGAGGAAGGAGGGUGGCAAAGGUCCCAAGGGCGGUGACGGGUCGAGAAGGAUGAGUGGCAGCACAGAGGAACAGGAUGAACCGACGACAGAGCGGAGUUCAGACUCCCCGGCCGGUUUGAGUGACCUGGCCUUGGCAGCAGAGCUCAUGGAGCUGGUCAGCGACACGGUGCGCCAGGUGCAGCUGGGGGUGCGGAGUCAGCGGGGCUUCCAGAACGACCACGGUGACCUGCCCGUCCCGAGCGACCCCGACCGGCUGUGCGCCAUGGUGCGAGGCCUGGCGGCCGACCAGCACCGACAGGAGCAAGCUCUCCUCAGCCUUCAGAAGGCCAUAGAGGGGAAGGACAAGCUGCUGCUGAGGAGGAAAACGCAGUGGGAGUGGGAGACAGCCGCCCUCACCACGGCCCACGACUCCCGCAUCCGUGCUCUGGAGGAGCAGCUGCAGCACGAGCGCCUGGAGGCAGGCGCCAUCCUGGAGGAGCUGCGGCAGGCCCGGCAGCAGGUGCGAGCCAGCGCGGAAGCCAUGCUCUCCUUGGGCACCCAGAUGCGGGAGCAGCGGCAGCCGGUGGCUCGGCCAAAUCUACUCAGCGCUCGCACCCUGAGCCGCGCCCCCCCCAAGUGGCUUCGCUUCUACACAGGCUUCCACUCCUACUCCCGCUUCAGGGCCUUCCUUGGCUUCCUGCAAGGCGGGGAUGAGGCAGGGCUGGACUGGGAUGCGGAAGUCAAGAUGGAGGCGGACACCGGGGAUGAAGGGGAGGUUCUGCGGGAGGGGGACCUCCUGCAGGACACUGCUGACUUGCCUGACCCCCAGACAAUGGAGCUGGAGCCUGCAGACCUGGUGGAAAGUGCCGUGUUUUCCAUGGGCGAGGGCAGCGAAGACGAGAGUGGCGAGUCAAUGAGAUGGAAGGCAGGGGGUUUGUACCGCAGUGCAGGGGGUGCCCCCACACUGCUCAGCCCUGAGGACCAGCUGCUGCUGGUGCUGAUCCGUCUGCGGCUGGGCCUCCUUCUCCAGGACCUGGCCUUCCGCUUCCGUGUGGCCGAGUCGACGGUGUCGCGUCUCUGGGUGCACUGGAUGGAGCUGCUGCAGAGGAAGCUCCGGCAGAUCCCCGUGCGCUGCAGUCAGCACUACGUCAGCUGCUUUCAGCCCCAGCACCCGCUACACGUGGGGACGGGACGCACGCUAACCGUGCUGGACUGCUCCGAGCUGCUGUUCGACACCCCGUCCCGGGAGCGGCAACGUGCAGCGGGCAGGUCGGGGGCGUCCCACUCGGCUGAGCCCUACCGCUUCCUGUCCCGGCACCGCGGCUGCGCUUUGGUUUCUCCUGAGGGCUUCCUGGGCUUCGCCAGCUCCGUACGCCUGGAAGACUUGGAGAGCCGGGUGGCCGAGCCCCAUGGCCCUGAGACCCCUCUGCCGGACCUGCCGUCCUUCCUGUCGUCCCCCGUGGCGUCCUCUGUGCCCUCCCGGGAAGUGCUCAGCGUGCGCAGCCUGACGGACAAAGUGCUGACGUUCCGGUACCUGAGGGCGGUGCACCCGUACAACUCGGCCUCCCAGCUGGACCGUGCCUGGGAGGUGUGCUGCUACCUGGCCUGCCUCCUGCACCAACCCAUGGGUCUCCACUAACAGCACGUGGCCUGAAGGCACUACCAGAAUGUAGAAGGUCUUUCUGUGACAGUUGCACGUCGGUGAAGUCGAUAGUGUCGGUGCCAUGCGUGUAUUUCUGUGUCUGGCAGAAACGGUUUUGUUUGGUGGUAAAGCAGCUUGAUGUUAAAAUAGCAAACGGCUAUUGCACAUUUCCUCAUUUUUGAACUGCUCAACUCUUUACAGAGAACGGCUUUUUUCUUGUUGCCCUCAAAAUAAAGGAAACUCUUUUUUUUAA